AUGACCGUCUUACUUGACUUGCCUACCGAAAUCCUCAUGCAGGUGAUCAGCUUGUUGUGUCCUCACUGCAUCAUCGAAUCCCAAAAUCUGGGACGAUGCACUUGUCAGGAAGAGCGGCCACCAAACAGUGACAACAAGCUGUCAAACUCAGCCCAGCUCCGAAAAGACCUGUCCAGUCUCUCAAAAACGUGUAAAGCUCUUCAGGUCCUCGCUCAAACUGCGCUCUAUCACAGUCCAACACCCUUAAUCGGUCGUCAUCUCCUGCUGGCACGGACUCUCGCCAGUAGACACGAUCUAGCUCUCCAUGUGAAAGAGCUGCACCUUGGCAAAUGGAGUGUGUUUGAGAAGGAUGUAACGCCUGAGCUUCAGGAUCUGUUCAACGAUAUAAUUAACCGCGUUGGCGUUCCGCCGGAUUUGCUCAAAGAACUCGAGGGCGAAUGGCCUCGGGAUUGGCUUCUGGACGGGGGGGAAGGUCGCGAAACCAAGCGCUAUGUAUCGCCUAUGCCCGACAUCACGAGGGAUGGGAAGGGGAAAUAUUUCUUUGACGAAAGAGUGCGAGUCGUUGACUCGCUAAUCGUCACUCUCGUCCCUAAUGUCGAGCACAUUCACCUUGAACCUCUAUCGAUCCCGCAUUUCCCGUUCUGUGCGCCGGAAUCGCUCCCGAGGUUGACGGAUUUCACGCUGCAGUUGUCGCAUACGAGUGGAGGUGUCAAGAUCGACUGUGUCGAAGGGAUUUUGGGGGCUGCGCCCGCGUUGGAGAGGUUCCGAGGCAUAGGGAUUAACGGAAUGUCCAAGGGUCUGACACACUCAAACCUGAGGAGCAUCGACCUUGACCAGAGUACCCUCGGUAAGAGCCAUAUCAAUGCCAUCAUGACCGGGUUUCCGAGACUGGAGAUAUUCGGGUACGAGGCAGAUUACAAAAUCACAUGCGAGGAGCGCGAGGCCCUCCCGCGAGAUUUGGGUAACGCGCUGCUGAUACGGAAGGACACGCUCAAAGACGUGGACAUUGAUCUAUCUCGCUCGAAGAUUUACCUCAGCUACACGAGACUACAUGUCGGGGACGCUAUGCCCAGUCUCAAGGAGAUGGUGCAGUUGGAGAGUCUUGGGCUUGACAGAGAUGUAAUGUUUGUCCCGAGAGAGCUGAGGGCCGAUGGCGACUUGGACGGAGACGAUGAAAGUGAGACGGACAACGAUGAUGUGAUUCAGAAUUUAGAGCAGUUUGGAAUGAGGAAGAACAGAGACUUGGUUGUCGACUUCUUGCCGCCGUCGAUUCGGUACUUCAAGCUUUACGACCGGCAUGGGCUGCUGUUCCCGGAUCUGGUGAAGCUUGCAGAGACGGCGCCGGAAAAAUUCCCUGCUUUGAAGAAGGUCAGGUUUUGGGGGUUUGACGAAGAUCAGCGAAUGGCGUUGAGAGGUUCUUUUAGGAGGGUUGGUGUGAAGUGCACCCACGGAGGAUACCUCUGA